CUGGCUCCACGCAGCUUUGGUUAGUUUGUUGAGCUUGACAUCGGUGGUGUAUGCAAGCGUUAAUUUUGGUGUCUACUAUUUAAAUCGUAUUAUUAAGCGUAUUAAGUGAAAAUAUUCACUAUGGCAGAUCCAAGAAUACGACAAAUUAAAAUAAAGACAGGAGUCGUAAAGCGACUUGCCAAAGAAGAAGUCCUGUAUAUAAAGGAAGCCAAACAACAGGAGGAGAAGAUUGAGCAUUUGAAAGCAGAAGCCAGAGAUGAAUAUUUGAUUAAGAAACAGAUUGAAGUGCUGCAGGAGUCUCGCAUGAUGAUUCCAGACUGCCACCGACGACUUGUCACAGCACAUGCUGAUCUUCUUCAGUUACUUGAAAAUGAAGUGGAUCUUGCAGAAACAGAGGAGUUCAAAGAAGCACAGACCAUUCUGGAUUCUGUGAAGCUUGAUGGAUGAUUUGUCAAACACCUCCACCAUAAUAAUCUACCCCUGUAAAAGCUCAUGGUGAUUCCAGUAAAUAGUAAUGAUUUGUUGUGCAUGAACAAUAUAUUCAGCUAUAAUCCACUUUCUUUCAUACUUUUUUUUUUAUCCUUGCCAACGUGACUUGACAUUCUGCCUAGUUUAGUCCCUCUCCACUUGCAUAUUAAAUUGACACUUUGUACAA